UUCAUCGGUGAUAGGGGUUGUUGUUCGGCAGCUGAUCGCUUCGUCGAGUUGUACGGUUGUUUACGUGACAGUUUCCCCACGAAUUUUCCUUGAAAUUUAAUCCCAUGUGAAUCUUUGUCCACUUGGAGCCCUUGCUUUGCCUUGAUAAAAGCUAUUUAGGCGAACGAAGAGAUUUCUCACCGCAAUGACUAGCCAUGAAGAGAGUCGGGAUGUGUGCUUUUAUUGCUAAUAUUUUGCAUUAGAAACUGCACACACAAGACUUGUGAUCGUCUGUCAGUGCAUGGUCAGUGUCACUGCACUUCUGCAAAAAUAGGAUUAGGAGAUGGAAAAAGUAACCAGCGAGUGUUCUAAAAACUGCUUACGUAAGACCAAAACUGUCCUGAAAUUCUAACAAGUGUUGGGACGACAGAGAGCCUUUUUUAAAGGGGCCUGUUUCAGUCAGAACUAUACAACAAGUGUUGUUUCUAGUAAUUGACUUCAAGCCGAGAAGAUGUUUAACGCAUUGAAGAAAUUUGUUACCAACGAGCAACAUGUCGGCAAGGGCAGUAUGCCCACGGGCAUGCAAGCCAUGGGACAGAAUCUGCAGAGGAGAUUUGCCAAGGGUGUGCAGUAUAACAUGAAAAUAAUAAUUAAAGGUGACCGCAACACAGGCAAGUCAACACUGUUUCGCCGGCUGCAGGGAGAAAGGUUUAAGGAGGAGUAUAUCCCAACACCAGAGAUACAAGUUGGCAGUAUACAGUGGAAUUACAAAGCGACUGAUGACGUUGUCAAAGUGGAGGUCUGGGACGUUGUGGACAAAGGCAAAGCCAAGAAGAAAUCGGACAGCCUGAAACUGGAGAAUUCCCAGGAUUUGGACGAGACAGAUGAGCCGUGCCUAGAUGCAAGGUUUCUGAAUGUGUACAAGGGAGCCAAUGGCGUGGUGUUUAUGGUAGACGUAACAAAACAGUGGACUUGGGGAUAUGUAGAACGUGAGCUGCCCUCUGUACCAAACCACAUUCCAGUUCUAGUCUUGGCAAGUUUCAGAGACAUGGCAGACCACCGAACAGUUGCCGAAGACACCAUGAGAUACUUCAUUGAAAACUAUGAAAGACCACCAGAUUCUGCCACCGUACUACUCGCAGAAGCCUCCAUGAAGAAUGGAUUUGGACUGAAAUAUCUACACACAUUCUUCAACGUUCCAUUCCUACAACUCCAGAGAGAAACAUUACUACGGCAAUUAGAGACAAAUAAACUGGAGAUAAGUGCAACACUAGAUGAGCUGGAUAUGAGGAAGGAAUCAAUCGACCAAAACUAUGAUCUAUACCUGACGAGUCUAGAAGAACGACGAAAGCAGAAGAAAACCAAAGCGACCACGCCCACAAUGCUCAGCCCGUCAGUGCCCAACGGCCAAGCGCCUCAAACGUCACCAUCCCCAGGCAGCAAGCAAGGAUCAAAUCGUACCACCCCGGUCAAGCUCAGCCCAGCCACCACACCCAAACAGAACACCCCGACCUCAACGCCCACCACAUCCCGCAAGGAAACCACACCAACUCCAGAACAGACCAAGGGACCCAAAGAGGCGACGCCACCCUCGGACAAGCAGGGAUCCGCCGCGACUCUGUCGCAGCGUUUCUCCAAGUGGUUCGGAGGCGGCGAAUCCAGGGUGCAACAAGGAGUGAAAGAAGAGGACGAAAAACAUGCAGUCGUGGAGACAGUGGCCGAGGUCAAGACUGCUCCCAUCUCCAACGUGGACGAGUUUGUUCCAGGGGAGGGUCUUGGAGGCUUCCUGGACGAUGUUGAUGGACCAGGGAGCAAGAAAGGGAAAGCCAAGAAGAAACCAGUGCAGGCUGCUAAACCUACUCCUCCUGCAGGACAGAGUGACAGUGAGGAAGAUGACGUCAACCCGAUGGUAGCAGGCUUCCAGGAGGACCUGGACUCAGACGAUGAUGUCUCGCCAUUCAAACCCACCAACUCCAUCCAACAGGCGGCCCCAGUGCUCACCAGCUUCGACGUGGAGCUGUCCAGCGAGAGCGACCAAGAGCCCGCCGUGGCACCAGACCAAGACCUAUCGGACGAAGAUCUGAAACCUGCGCCGUUAUCGCUGAGGCAUCUCCAACAGUCGGCCAAUCAGGACAAGGGGCUGAGCGUAUUCUCAAACUCCAUUGUAGGAAAGGACAGUACGGACAGUGCAAAAUCAAAGAAUAACAAAACAAAGUCCAGGGGGAGCGAUACGGAAUCGUCACUGUCGCACGAGCAGCUGGCAAGAACGGACAGCGGCAGCGAUAAUGAACAAAGUCGAGAGCACGUCAGUAGAACGUCCAGCCAGACCACUGACCAGGACACGUCCCCAGCUUCCCCGAUGAUCCAACUCCAGCAGGAAGACUUCAACUUCCUAGAGAGUGUAGGAUCUACCAAGAAACCAGGACUAACAAAAAGACCCUCCCUGCCAGCGGAUGACUUUGACAAUCUCCUGUCUGUCACCAAAGACGAGGACAUCAGUGACACUGACACCAUGACAAGCACGAGCACCAGCAGCUCUGCUGUCAAGAAGAAGAAGCAUAAAAGCAAAGACAAGGACAGGGAUGAAGAGAAGGGCUCGCGGAAACACAGGCACAAAAAGCACAGGGAAAAGAACAGAGACCACGACAGACACAGUGACAAACAUGGUGAUAGACACGGGGAGAAGGAGUCGCACGGCGAGGACAAAGGAGAGGGCAAGAAGAAGAAAAGGUCCUCAUCAGUCAGAAAGGAGGAAGAGGAGGGAUCCACUAAGACGAAGACGGAAUACGACGCUCUUGAAGCCUUCCUAGAAGGACCUGGCUACGAAGUACUGUGAAUAUAAUUCACAAAUCACCUUAUAUGCUGCCAAUUCAAAAUUAAAACUCGCCACACAGUAAGAGUUGUAAUCUAUUCCUGCAAAAUCCUCCAAUUGGCCUCAUGGAAAAAUAGCAUAUAGCCUC